AUGGCUCAUGAUAAGCUAAGUGGCAGUCGGCCACUGGAGCACCUCAUCGUCGUCUGCUGUCAUGCAAUCUAUAUCGGAGGCCCCCGGAAGGGCGCCGACGAAAGUGAAUGGUUGAUUGAGCCUUUUCAGAAGGGAGAGACUCCGACCUUCAUCGAACAUGUCAAGGCCGGGUUGAGGAUUCUCGCAAAAGAUCCCUCGGCGUUGUUGAUGUUUUCUGGAGGUCCGACCAAGAAAUCAAGGACAGACCUGAGCGAGGGACGGUCAUACCAUAAUUUUGUAACAGAAAAUGACUUCUUUCAAGACGCGCCGGGUAUGGCCACAAUUGACUCGGGGAGAAUCAUCGCCGAGUGUCAUGCCACGGAUUCGUACCAGAACGUUCUGUUCUCAUUGCUACGGUUUCGAUUGCACACCGGCAACUACCCACGAAAUGUGACGGUGAUAACACAUGAAUUCAAGAGAGAUCGUUUCAUGAAAGCCCACUUCCCUGCCAUUGCAUUGCUUCCUCAUAUCCAGAGCGGGAAUCAGGGCGGCAUCAGUCGCCCUGUCAAAGUGAAAAUAGUUGGGAUCAAUCCGCCUGAAGAAAUCACUCCCCUCGAAUCUUUAAUCCAGGGAGAAACAUCGAGGGGAAUUGGCCUCUGGCAAAACGAUCUCUACGGAGUUGGCCAUGCGCUCGCUAGCAAACGUGAGCAGCGAGGCUGGUCGGCUGGAAUGGAAAUUGGACUUUUUGUCAACGUUGGUCUGGAGCCCGUUGUGGAGCAAUUAGUUUGCUGGCGUGGUGGAGCAGGAAACGAAUGGUUUUCAGGAAUAGCAGAAUUACCAUGGGUUUCCGACAAGCAGAUAAAUUGA